UUUAGUCUAGCUAAUUAAUCUUUUGGCUUAAACUAUAUGUUUCUAAUUUGGUUUUUUUAUUAACAAGGUACACAUAUUUCAUAUGCUAAUGCGACUAUACACUCGGAUACACAAUGCCCACUAUACACUCGGAUACACGAUGUUCACUAUACAACCGGAUCAUAAACCAAGCGUUGAAGUUACAUAGAGAACAAAAGCGGUGAAUAUGGAAGGGAAAAAAAAAAAAGGUUCCACAAACAACACACCCUAAAAACAUGGAAAAGAAAGUAGCUAGAAAUCCACAAAUGGAAAACAAAGUUCCGUUUCAUUAGACGUGUCCUAAGGCAACGAUCACCACGACACACGUAACUCUUAUUACCAUAGACACGUACUUUUCUAAUUUGCAUUCCCAAAUUCUCUCUCUUUUUACAUUUCUAUUCCCAUGCAAAGCAAAAUAACAUCAUGUAUAAAUUAAAAGCUAGAAGCUUAUUAAUUUCAUGUAAAUCAAAGCUUAAUUAAAUUAUAAGCUAAAGUUUAUUUUAUGUUAUUACGUGGAGUGGUGUUAUCUAGGGUGUUAGUAGGAGCAACCACAAGUAGUGUAUGUGUUGGACUUGGUAGUGUGGUUUCAAGAAGUUGCACCUUAUAUCGGAUCAACGGAAGUGGUGGUAGACGGCAAGGGCAGUUGUGCACGGUAAGAAUGGCGUCGGGUGGCGAUAAGUUUCCGGCUCAAAGGCAGCAGACUCAGCCAGGGAAGGAACAUACCAUGCAUCCUAUUCCUGAAGCUCUUCGCCAAGAUUAUAGGGCCGCUAACAAGCUUCAGGGGAAAGUGGCCUUGGUGACAGGAGGAGACUCCGGAAUAGGUAGAGCAGUGUGCCAAUGCUUUGCAUUGGAGGGUGCAACCGUGGCUUUCACUUACGUCAAGGGCCGAGAGGACAAGGAUGCUCACGAUACCCUUCAAAUGAUCAAGAAGCACAAGAGCUCCGAUGCCAAGGACCCUAUCGCGAUCCCAGCAGAUUUGGGGUACGACGAGAACUGCAAGAGGGUCGUCGAUGAGGUAGUGAAUGCUUUUGGGCAUAUUGAUGUCUUGAUCAAUAAUUGUGCUGAGCAGUAUGAGUGUACUACCGUGGAGGACAUUGAUGAACCUAGGCUUGAAAGGGUGUUCAGGACUAACAUUUUCUCUUACUUUUUCAUGACAAGGCAUGCACUGAAGCAUAUGAAGGAAGGAUCUAGCAUCAUAAACACUACAUCAGUGAAUGCAUACAAGGGCAACGCUUCGUUGCUAGACUACACCUCUACCAAAGGUGCAAUUGUGGCAUUCACCCGAGGCCUAGCUUUGCAGCUUGUGGGGAAGGGCAUCCGUGUCAACGGGGUUGCUCCCGGACCUAUUUGGACACCACUGAUCCCGGCCUCAUUCGAGGAAGACAAGGUCAAAAGCUUCGGUAGUCAAGUGCCUAUGGAUAGGGCAGGGCAACCCAGCGAGGUUGCGCCUUCGUAUGUUUUCCUUGCUUGCAAUGGUGACUCCUCUUACAUUACUGGACAAGUCCUCCAUCCUAAUGGUGGUGUUAUUGUGAAUGCUUGAAUGGUAUUUUGCUAUGUGUGCUGUUUUUUGGGUUUCGAGGAUGUUUACAGACAUUAACAUGGUUUAAUCUUGUUGGUGUAUCUUCCUAACUAAGUACCAUCAGAGUACAUUACAAUGAUAUUAAUAAUAUGUAAGGUAAUAAUAUGUAAGGUUCUAGAUGGACCGACGGUUGAUGUAACAAACGGUUCUUCUUAAUCUGUGUUAUUAUGCUGAAUUAUCCUCUAUAAUGUUGCUAAAAGUAUAAACUAAUGAAGUUAAAGCAACCAGUUUUGUUGUAAUA